AUGGACGACUACGAUUCUGGGGAUGACUUGCUGGCCGAUGUUCAGUUCGAUGGGCUGACUGGCGCUGUCAAGCGAUCCGCUGAAGAUUCAGAGGAUAACUCCCACCUAACCAAGCGACCGAAAGUCGACGGCCCUGCUGAGAGUAACAGCACACAGGUCGAAACGGCGAGAAGUAUCCUACGCCAAAAGUUCGGAUAUGAUGGGUUUCGCCACGAGCAGGAGAAGGCCAUUGAAGCGGUCCUGCAGGGCAACAAUACCUUGGUAGUGUUCCCUACCGGUGCUGGAAAGUCGCUGUGCUAUCAGAUACCUGCCAUCGCCUUUGAGGAGAUGGAUCGUCAGAACGACGAGAAGCGCCAAUUUGGUGCAGGUAUCACCAUUGUGGUAUCCCCUCUCAUCGCUUUAAUGAAGGACCAGACCGACGUGCUCAAGCGGAAAGGGGUCGCUGCAGAGUGUUGGGACUCCACCAAAAGCUAUGAGGAAACCCAGAAAAUCUACUCAGAUAUCCACCAAGGCCACCUGCGUUUACUUUACUGCGCACCUGAGAGACUCAACAAUGAGUCGUUUGUUGCCAGCAUGAAGCAUGUGCCCGGAGGCAUCCGAUUAAUUGCUGUGGACGAGGCGCACUGCAUAUCCGAAUGGGGCGCCUCGUUUCGUCCGGAAUAUCUCAAGGUCGCGCGCUUUACACGCGAGAUCAAGGCGGAAAGAGUGAUAUGCUUGACUGCCACAGCAACACCCCGCGUUGUGGAUGAUAUCUGCGGCGCUUUCCAUGUGGCAAAACCCCAUGUAUACCGAACCUCGCCCUACCGACCGAAUCUGCGACUCGAAGCUGAGGUGACGUGGGAUAAGCAGGAAAAGUAUCCGAAGCUUUUCAAGUUUCUUCGAAAGCACCCGGGUUCUACUCUCAUCUACGUCACGCUGCAGAAGCAAGCGGAGUCUCUUGCGGAUGACCUGGCGGGCCAAGGGUUCGAGGCAGUCUUUUUCCACGCCGGCAUGAAGGCCGAGGUGAAGGCUGAUAUCCAAGAUCGCUUUAUGGCUUCCAAGAUUCCUAUCGUUGUUGCAACAAUAGCUUUUGGUAUGGGGAUUGACAAGUCAAAUAUCAGGAACAUCGUGAAUUGGGAUAUCCCCAGCACGGUUGAGGAAUAUAGCCAACAGAUCGGCCGAGCUGGUCGCGACGGUUUGCCCAGUACCUGCAUGAUGUACAUAUGCCCAGAUGACUUCUACAUCAGGGAGAAUUUCGCACGCGGCGAUCUCCCGUCCCGCCAAUCACUUAGAUCGUUACUUCAGGACGUCUUUAGUCGCCAGACGGAAAACACACCAGAGGGAAAUGUUCUGAAAAUGGGACACACGGAACUAUCCAGAGCCUAUGACAUUCGACCGUCCCCUUUAUCGGUUCUAUUUGCGAUACUAGAACUCAGAUUUGGGUUGCUCCGGGCCAUUACACCGGAGUUUACCAAGUACACGUUCCUGGACAUGAAAACUUACCAACCAAUAGCCUCGAAAGACAAGUCCCGCGAAGGGAAAGCAAUAUACGCCCAUGCAACCAAGGCACAGAAACUCUACCAUCUUGACAUCAAGGAAACAAUGCGCCAGACCGGACUAUUACGCUCAGAUAUCAUCAACAAAUUGAACGAGUGGCAUAAUCGGGGCGUUAUUGAAGUCACUGCGUCUGGCGUGCAAAAUCGAUAUCGGAUUCUGAAGGAGCUGCCAACCGAGGACGUUGAGCUUGAUGAGCUGACCGACAAGUUGUAUUCGGACAUGCAAGAUCGAGAAAGAGACGCCCUCGCACGGACUCAUCAAGUAUCCAAUCUUAUCACCGGCUCGAAAUGCUUCGCUCUCGCACUUGCGGAGCAUUUUGGCAUGGGACUUCCUGAUGGAAAGAGUCAGUGUGGGCACUGCACUUUCUGUAUAACUAGGAAGGCACUGGCACUUCCGCCCAAGGAAAAGCCACCUGUCAACCACAGCGGCAUUUCGGCAAUCCUAGACGCUUGCGACGUACGAGAUGACCCACGGUUUUUGGCGCGUGUCGCAUUUGGCAUCCGAAGCCCAAGAGUCACCCAGCUCAAACUGGGCAACCAUGCUGUUUUCGGUUCUCUAGAAGACCACGACUUUGAUUCUCUUUUGAAAGAGUUCACGGAAGCGUGCGAAUCCGCCAAGUAUGAAUCUUCAGAGGGGCCAAAGGCUUCAGCUGCGCCGAGUACGCACAUCGGCAAAACUGGCACCUCAAGAGGCAGCUCUUCACGAGGCAGAGGUAGUGCCCGCCGAGGUAACCCAAGCUCUUCUCUGGCCAGCUACGUCUCGAGGGGGGGAAGGGGAAGAGGACUUGGUUCGUAG